UAUUCGCAGGUAAUCGAAAUUUAGGCUGGACGCCGUUUUUGCCGCAUUAUUUCGCGGCGCGCACUGAUUCUCGAAAAUAUAUUUUACGAUUUCUGCUUAUAAAUAUAAUAAAAAGCAAGAAAAAUAUCGAAUUUCAACUUCACAAAUCAGCUCAAAAAGACUUCAAACACAGAAAUGGGAAAGAAGUCGGAUAAUCCAGAGGAGAAUGACGCCUCCUCUGGCGGUGAAGAAGAGGAAGAAAAUUAUGCAGUAGAGAAAAUCAUAGAUCGCCGUGUACGAAAGGGAAAGGUGGAAUAUUAUUUAAAGUGGAAGGGUUAUGCCGAAACUGAAAAUACUUGGGAGCCGGAGAGCAAUCUCGAUUGCCAGGAUCUCAUUAGACAGUAUGAGUUGGAUCGAAAGGAUGGGGCCACUGCAGCGGCCAAGAAAUCGGAGCAUGCCGGCGGCAGCCCCAAGAUCAAAGAAACCGGUACUGCAUCCAACAAUAGCAGCGGCAAACGUAAGUUUGAAGACGAAGCUGGUCCAGCUGGCACUAAAAUGAAGCGUGUCGAAGCGGAGGAGACCAACGAUUUGAUACCCGCUGGUGGCACCGGUUUCGAUCGAGGCCUGGAGGCUGAGAAGAUUUUGGGCGCCUCCGAUAACAAUGGUCGCCUAACAUUCCUCAUACAAUUCAAGGGCGUCGAUCAGGCCGAGAUGGUGCCAUCGACUGUCGCGAAUCUGGCGAUACCACAAAUGGUCAUACGCUUCUACGAGGAGCGUCUGUCCUGGUACUCGGACAACGAAGAUUGAAUAGCAAUUUCUGGAGCGGCCCCAUAUAUAUAUAUAUAUAAAUAUGAGGUGAAUCAUAAGUAUCCUUUUUAUUAAUAUCCCAUUUUAAACCUCAUGUAUUCUUAACAUAAGAUUUAAUUUCAAUAAACAUGAAGUUAUGUGUGUUCAA